AUCAUUAAGAAACUUGUUCGAAUUCUAAAUAUGCAUAAAAAAUUUUUGCUUUUCAUUCUCUUUUGUAAAGAUAAUUUUUAAAUAAAAAUUAACGCGUCAUUUAUCCUCAUCAUUUAUUAAUUACAUUAUUUUGUACUUCCAUCUCGUGUAAAACGCGUCUAAAUCAACCAUAAAAGAAAAUGACCAACAACCAAAACCCAUUUUACGUUUCACAACAACAACCACCACCAUUUAUUCACCAACGACAACAGCGACAAAUACCUGUUAAUGUACCUUCAGCAAAACAAGUUUUACUUACACAAAAAGUUCAAGAAAAACAACAAGAAUAUGAUAAUUUGUUAAUUCUUAAAAAAUCUUCACAAGAUUUAUCAGACUACUUUGAUCAAUUGUCUGAUAAUAUUGAAGAAUUAAAUAAGGGUUGUGAGGCUGUUGCUACAGUACUACGUAAUUGGCAAACCGUUUUUAGGACUGUAUUAUUGCAAGAAGAAAAAAAAGAAACGGAAGAAACGCCAAAACCUGGUGUAUCAGAACAUCAAAUACCUGUUGUUGUACGUAUUCCCAUGAAAUCUGCCGAUGCUGAUAGUAAAUAAAGUGACAUUUUUCAACAAAUUUUAUACAAUAUUGAAGUAUCCAUACAUCAAUUAAUUUCUAAAUAUGUAUGGCAAAGUUACCAAAAGGUUAAUAUUGGUAUUUAAAUUUCAUAAGCGGCCGUGAGAAAGCAAGAUAAAAUUAAUUAUGAAAUUUAAUAAGUUUAAAAUCAUUGACUGAACAUAUUGCAUAUUGUGCAUAACAAGAAAUUUAUGUCAAAUCACAAUUUAAUUAUAAUAGUUUGAUAUCUUGUUUAAAAUCCAGUGGUUUUUACAAUAACUUGUACGUCAAUUUU